UGUUGUAAUCCGGUACGAUAAUAACAUCCUUCUGGAUUUGCUUCGCGUCACGAAACAACACACGAAGUGCAACGGCAAAGUGACCGUGUACCGAAGCACUUCUGCGCUAUACGGCAUCUAUGAAAAAAAAAAAAAAAAAAGUUAUCCGAGAUCUCUUGUAACGAUUUGCACAUUUACCAUGGACGUAUCUGCGUUUUCCGAAGAUACUUUCGAUGUGAAAGACUGGAUUAAUAAAACGUUCAAAUCUGUCGAGGCACAAGAAAAUAAAGAUGCAUUCGUCUCAUCAUUAGUAAUGAAAUUACAAUUGUAUGUGCAACAAGUUAAUGGUGCUUUAGAAGAGACUAGUCAGUCUGUUCUUUCAAGCUUGCCAAGAGUAUUGAGGGAUACCCAAUUGUUGCAACAAGAAGCCUUGGCUUUGAGAGAAAAAAUGAUUGCAGUUAAACAAGAAAUAGAAAAGGUUGAAAAAGAUACUGCUUCAUCCAUGGCAACGUUAGAGAAAAUAGAUAAAAUAAAAACAGAUUUGCAAACUGCUAAACAAGGAUUACACGAAGCUGAUAAUUGGAGUAUACUCGCCAAUGAUGUUGAAGAGGUAUUUGAAUCAGGAGAUGUAGAAGCUAUAGCAAAUAAACUGUUCAGUAUGCAAAAAUCACUGGCAAUGCUUAUAAAUGUUAUUGACUAUGAAGAUAAAAAAUUACAAUUAGAAGGUUUGAAAAAUCGAUUAGAAGCUAUGGCUAGUCCAAAAUUAGUCCAAGCAUUCACUGCUGCAAAUUUAGAAGAAUCCAAAAUUUAUGUGGAUAUUUUUAAUAAAAUGGAACGUUUACCACAACUUCUUAAAUACUAUCAUAAUUGUUUAAAAGUAUCAUUAGGACAAGAAUGGCGCAGAACAAUUGAAUUAGCUCAAGAUGAAAAUGUUUCUUACUGGUUACACACUUAUUAUGAUAAAUUAUUAUCUAAUUGGAAUGAUCAGGUGAAAUGGUCUCAACAAGUAUUUUCAAAUGACUCAGUUGAUGUAAUAAUUGAGGUAUAUGCAGAUCUUCUGAGGAGUUUGGACCCAGGCAUUCCAGAAUGCAUAGAAGCUCUAUUAAAACAACAUUCAAUUGCUAUACAAUUAUCAUUGUUACUUGAACUUAAACAAAUUACAAAGCACUUUGCAUUAAACUUGCAAGGUGCUAUUGAGACAUCAUCCCAUGGAAAAUUACAAAAUCUAAAAUUGUUGUCAUUAGCACAAGCAAUAUAUGCACCUUAUGUUCCAUAUGUUACAAAAUACAAUAUUUAUGAAACAGCUCAACUUGAACAUCAACUGCAAUCCAUGGGAUGUCCACAAGAUGAUUUAAGUGAUACAAUCAACAUUCUUUCCCUUAGCAUUUCGAGAGUAAUGGAAUAUGCAAAUGAAGCCAAUAAAAGGUGCAAAGUUUUUACAGAUGGUUGCGGUUAUUCUGGUUUAUUGAAAUCUUUGACUAGUUAUUUCAAUAAAUAUCUUGACAAGUAUCAAAUGGCUAUACGGCAAUUAGAACGCAAAAAAGUGAAGCAUGAGGAUUGGAAUUUGUUUCAAAUGUGCCUUACUUUGAUGCAAACUAUAGGUGAUCUUUUGGGUCAAAUUCAACAAUUUGAAAAAUCUUUGAUAAUUGACAUUACUGAAACUAACAACAAGUUACAAAAUACAAGUGGCAGCGUUUUUAAUCAGUAUAAAAAAUUACUUUUAAAUAUAUCAACCCAAAGUGAAUUGGAGAAUUUAACCGCAUCUUUUCAGAAAGAAGAAGAAACAAUUCUCGAUCCAAUAAUAAAAUCUAUUCAGAAACUAUGUUCUGAUUUACAUCGUGCAACAUAUGAAGUAAUCUUUGCUCCUAUCUUUACACAGCUAUUAUCAGUGCAAAAAGCACCAGCAUGGUCAACAGAAACUAACAAAAUGACUCAUUUGAGUGCAGAUUUACCUGAUUAUAGUUUUGCACCUCAGGAAUAUAUAACACAAGUUGGACAAUAUUUAAUGACAUUACCACAGCAUUUAGAACCCUUUUUACUUAGAGAAAAUCCAAGUCUUACCCAGGCAUUAAAAGCAGCAGAUCCACAAUAUGCACAAAGUUCCACUGAAUCUGGAUUUACUGGUAUUUUGUUAGAAAUUAUUGCUAAAGAAACAUGCCAAAUGUUUCUAGAUCAAACAUUAGGAAUUUGCCAGUUAAGCUCCGCCGCAUGUAAACAACUAGCAACUGACAUAGAUUAUCUUGGUAAUAUAUUAGAAGAACUUGGUCUAUCUUUAUCAGAAAAUCUGCAACAUAUGUCUCUUUUAUUAAGACUACCACCGGAAGAUUAUCAGAAUAGCAGCUCUGGAUGCAAUGCCAGAGUUGUAGCUGCAGUCAGACAAAUAAGAAAUAUAACAUCCUCUGGCUAAAUAACGUGCAAUGGUUAAAAACUAAAUUAUACAUUAUAAUAUAUAGCUAUUUUAAUAAUU